CCGCCCGCCGCCGCCGCCGCUCACACACCCGCUGCCGCGGCCGCCCGCGGGUCAGAAAGAAAACACUUGUGCUGGCUGCAUUUCCUGGGAUGUGACCCGACCUCAAGGCUGUCAGCCGGUCCUGCCCAGAAGUGCCGCUUUCAGAGCCUGGAGUUGAUGAAGUAUCUCAAGCUAAUGGAAAACUCCUUAGAGAUAAAACCCCUCUCGUGGCCUUUGUCAAUAUGCUGUUUGAGACAGAGUGUGAUAUGCAGAAACUGAAAAUGCCCGGCCGAUUUCUGUCCCUCCUUUUCCUGCCUGUGUGCAUCUCUGCCUGAUUCGGACGAUGUGAUAAUUCAGAGAGACGGCGCCGUCCAAGCCUUCCUUCUACGGGACCCGUCCGGCCCAGGACGGGAGGCGCAGAGCCCGGGAUGGCCAGUCAGCCACCAGAAGAGGCGGCCGAGUCUCAGGUCUCAGACGAGCUGGAGUGUAAGAUUUGCUACAACCGGUACAACCUGAAACAGAGGAAGCCCAAGGUGCUGGAGUGCUGCCACCGCGUGUGUGCCAAAUGCCUGUGCAAGAUCAUCGACCUCGGGGACUCCCCGCACGGCGUCAUCGUCUGCCCUUUCUGCAGGUUCGAGACAUGCCUGCCGGAUGAUGAAGUCAGCAGCCUGCCCGACGACAACAACAUCCUGCUGAACCUGACCUGCAGCGGUGGCAAAGGCAAGAAGUGCCUGCCCGAGAACCCCACUGAGCUGUUGCUGACCCCCAAGCGGCUGGCCUCACUGGUCAGCCCUUCCCACGCGUCCUCCAACUGCCUGGUCAUCACCAUCAUGGAGGUGCAGCGGGAGAGCUCGCCCUCGCUCAGCUCCACGCCCGUGGUCGAGUUCUACCGGCCCUCCAGCUUCGACUCGGUGACCACCGCUGUGUCGCACAACUGGACCAUGUGGAACUGCACGUCCCUGGUCUUUCAGACGUCCAUCCGGGUGCUGGUGUGGUUGCUGGGCUUGCUGUACUUCAGCUCGCUGCCCUUGGGCAUCUACUUACUGGUCUCCAAGAAGGUCACGUUGGGGGUUGUCUUCGUCAGCCUGGUCCCCUCUAGCCUUGUCAUCCUGAUGGUGUACGGCUUCUGCCAGUGCGUCUGCCACGAAUUCCUAGACUGUCUGGCACCGUCCUCUUAAGUGAGAUGGGUGCGCCGAGAAGUCAGGCACCUCUUGCCACGUGUCAAGUUAGGUCACUUAGCCUUUGUUUUCUAUCACAGUCUCUGUGAUCGGCGCCCACGGCGUGAACAGAGCCACUGGGCAUAUGUCUGUGGUCUGUUUUCCAUCCAGAUGUUGACUCGAUGGGUUUUCCUGUAUGCUGGAAGUAACAUGUUCGUUUCUACUUACAUGUUAGCAAAAAAGAGACAGGGAUCAGCUCAGCCUUCUAGCGCUUUUCUACUGAGUCUUCCCAGAGACAGGGCAGCCGCCACGCAGAGCUGCUAGACGGACCCCAGGGCCCGACGUGUUGUGCUGUGGCGGCCAGUGUCUUUGUGGAUGGUUAGGCAUGAACUGGUUCCUCUUCUCAUCAUCUUAGCCUGGGAUGGAGGGUAGACCCAAGAGAGGGGCAGCCCCAGGGCACACCCAUUUGCACAGUGCACACCCCUGCCCCUGGCCCACAGUUGGCACUUCCCUGGAUCCUCUCCAGCUCAGAUGUUGGUCCCUCCGUGCAUGGUACUUGCCAAGAGGAACCCGGCCUCUUGCGUGGUUUCAGCUAUGUGCCUGUUUUGUCACGUUACUAUAGAGAGUUUAAAACGCCGGGAAAUCUGCAUCAGUAAACCUCAAAGCAGAAUGUGGCCACUCGUUUUGGACACACACCCUUUUUUUUUUCCUCCAUGUUUAUUUUCUGCUCUCCAGCUUUCUCUGAAAUUCUCUCAGAGCAGUUGUUGUUCGUGGAGAUCCAAUUUGAGCUUUUCCUUCAAGCUUUUUAGUUUAGUUUCUUCUUUUUUACACCACAUUGUUCAUUCAGCACCAUCCUUUAUCCUGGAUGGGGUUCCAUUUAAAUUAGUUGCUGUAACUAUAUGUGGAUUUUGAUUAUUUUUUUCCCAUUUCAUUUUAAAUUCUCGUAUGGACUCACUUAACUUAAUCCUGUAACAAUUUGGCGUAAAUUGUGGCAGUGAAGACCCAGGAACAGUUCAGGAGCUGUUCCAGCUCAUGGUUUGAUAUGCCGAGAACCUAAGUAUUUUGCUGUGUUCUAUUGAGCUGUACCAAAAUAUAAUGGUUUAGGUUUAUGUGCAGUAGCUCAGGCAAAAGGAUGGGCAAGAGAGAUGUCAAGCUGAUGCCCUUCCAGGGAGUAUAUAAAAUGGAAGGGCAGCCUGCAGUCUCCCAUAUUGCCAUCCCUGUUAAGUCCCUUUUAGAAUGGAUUCAAGUUCUCAUGCAGUUUAUUUCAAAUAAAAGCAUAAGCUUAUGUGACUUGAGUUAAUGAACUUCUUUUCAUGAGGUAGGGGACAUUGAAUGUAUAUAUUUACAAGAAGAAAUUGGUUAGCAGACUUUAGGUUUGAGGGAAUAGAAUGCCCACAGAAAGUAGGC